AUUCCAUAAUCACAGCGGGCGAGAGCGGAGACUGGGAGCGAAAAAUCCGGGAUCCGGCAACUUUGGGCAGCGCAUGCGCGCCCGCGGCGCUCCAUCCCAAACACACACACAUUUUUCCCCCGGACUUGGAAAGUCACCCAAAGCCGCCCCAAGUGCAGCAAACAGACCUCGCUGACUGAAGGCCAAGACCCCUUCCAUCCCAUCCGCCCUUCCGGCCACCACGGUUGUCCGCCCUCCCGUAGAAGGGGACCCUGCAGCUCCAGUGGUGCACAGUGGAAUGGACUUUGGACCCCGGUCUCUUGGAACACAAAGGAUGAAGUGACACCCCUACUUUGAGAGAGGAGCCUCUAGGACCCACUGCGAGAGUUUGGGACCAAGGAGAGGAGAAUGGAUCUCGGUACAGCUGAAGGCACCCGGUGCACCGACCCGCCCGCAGGCAAGCCCGCGAUGGCGGCCAAGCGCAAAGGCGGCCUGAAGCUCAACGCCAUCUGCGCCAAGCUGAGCCGCCAGGUGGUGGUGGAGAAGGGGGCAGAGGCGGGCCCCCAGCCCGAGGGCAGCCCGCUGCGGCCGCGGGACCGAGAGGCCGGCGUGGCCCGGGGCGUCCGCAGCGAGGAAGACAAGAGGCGGGCGGUGAUCGAGAAGUGGGUCAACGGCGAGUACGGCGAGGAGCCCGCGCCCGCGCCCAGCCUGGGGCGGAUCGGCCGUGAGGGCCUGGAGCUGCCGCCCGAGGGCGUCUACAUGGUGCAGCCCCAGGGCUGCAGCGACGAGGAGGACCACGGCGAAGAGCCCCCCAGGGAUGGCGGCGGCGUCACGGAGGAGAAGGAGUCUGACGGGGCGGCCUCCAAGGACGACAGCGGCCCCAGUACCAAGCAGGCUUCGGGAGAGGCCUCCUCACUCCGGGACUACGCGGCUUCCACUAUGACCGAGUUCCUCGGCAUGUUUGGCUACGAUGACCAGAACACGAGGGACGAGCUGGCCAGGAAGAUCAGCUUCGAGAAGCUGCACGCAGGCUCCACCCCCGAGGUGGCCACCUCCUCCAUGCUGCCCGCCUCCGAGGAUGCCCUCAGCAAGCGGGCACGCUUCUCCAAAUACGAGGAGUACAUCCGCAAGCUCAAGGCCGGCGAGCAGCUCUCCUGGCCGGCCCACAGCACCAAGGCCGAGGAGCGGGCGGGCAAGGACGUGGUGGGGCCCCUGCCCGGCCUGCGGCUGCCCAGCAGCACGGCGCACCUGGAGACCAAGGCCACCAUCCUGCCCCUGCCCUCACACAGCAGCGUUCCCAUGCAGGGCCUGGUGGCCCGCACCUCCAAGUACGACUUCUUCAUCCAGAAACUGAAGACGGGCGAGAACCUGCGGCCCCAGAACGGGAGCACCUACAAGAAGCCAUCCAAGUAUGACCUGGAGAACGUCAAGUACCUGCACCUCUUCAAACCCGGGGAGGGCAGCCCCGACAUGGGCGGGGCCAUUGCCUUCAAGACGGGCAAGGUGGGGCGCCCCUCCAAGUACGACGUCCGGGCCAUCCAGAAGCCAGGCCCCGCCAAGGUUCCGCCCACCCCCAGCCUGGCUCCUGCACCCCUCCCCAGCGUGCCCAGUGCUCCCAGCGCCCCUGGGCCAGGGCCCGAGCCAUCUGCCUCCCUGCCCUUCAACACUCCCGAGUACCUGAAGUCGACCUUCUCCAAAACAGACUCCAUCACCACGGGGACCGUCUCCACUGUCAAGAACGGAUUGCCCACAGAUAAACCAGCUGUCACCGAAGAUGUAAACAUUUACCAGAAAUAUAUUGCCAGGUUCUCCGGCAGUCAGCACUGUGGCCAUAUCCACUGCGCCUACCAGUACCGUGAGCACUACCACUGCCUUGACCCGGAGUGCAACUACCAGAGGUUCACGAGCAAGCAGGAUGUGAUCCGGCACUACAACAUGCACAAGAAACGCGACAACUCCCUGCAGCACGGCUUCAUGCGCUUCAGCCCGCUGGACGACUGCAGCGUCUACUACCACGGCUGCCACCUCAACGGGAAGAGCACCCACUACCACUGCAUGCAGGUGGGCUGUAACAAGGUGUAUACGAGCACGUCAGAUGUGAUGACCCACGAGAACUUCCACAAGAAGAACACCCAGCUCAUCAACGAUGGCUUCCAGCGCUUCCGAGCCACCGAGGACUGCGGCACGGCCGACUGCCAGUUCUACGGGCAGAAGACCACGCAUUUCCACUGCAGGCGCCCCGGCUGCACAUUCACCUUCAAGAACAAGUGUGACAUCGAGAAGCACAAGAGCUAUCACAUCAAGGAUGACGCGUAUGCCAAGGACGGCUUCAAGAAGUUCUACAAGUACGAGGAGUGCAGGUACGAGGGCUGCGUGUACAGCAAGGCCACCAACCACUUCCACUGCAUCCGCGCCGGCUGCGGCUUCACCUUCACGUCCACCAGCCAGAUGACCUCGCACAAGCGCAAGCACGAGCGCAGGCACGUCCGCUCCUCGGGCGCGCUGGGGCUGCCGUCCUCGCUGCUGGGCGCCAAGGACACGGAGCACGAGGAGUCGAGCAACGACGACCUGGUCGACUUCUCGGCCUUGAGCAGCAAGAACUCCAGCCUGAGCGCCUCCCCGACCAGCCAGCAGUCCUCCGCCUCCCUGGCCGCCGCCGCCGCCGCCGCCGCCGCCGCCGAGGCCACGCCCGGUGCCGCCAAGCCGCCCAACAGCAAGAUCUCCGGGCUGCUGUCCCAGGGCCUGCCCGCUUCCAUCCCGCUGGCGCUGGCCCUCUCCAACUCAGGCCUGCCCACCGCCGCCCCCUACUUCCCUAUCCUUCCGAGCCGGGGCAGCGCCUCCUUGCCCGUGGGUGCCCCCGGCCUCCUGGGUGCCAUGUCAUCCGGGGCAGUGGCCUCGGCGGCAGCCGACACACCCACCCUGGCCGCCUCGGGAGCCGGUGACUCUGCCCCGGCCGCCGCCACCUCUGUCCCGGUGCCCCCCGCCUCCAUCAUGGAGAGGAUCUCGGCGAGCAAGGGCCUCAUCUCACCCAUGAUGGCCAGGCUGGCCGCGGCUGCCCUCAAGCCCUCUGCCACCUUUGACCCAGGAAACGGGCAGCAGGCCACCCCCGCCAGGUUCCCCCCGGCCCCGGUGAAGCAGGAGCCCGGUGAGAGCGCUGGCGCCCCGGUUCCCCACGAGGUCUCCCAGGACCGCAGUUUAGACCUGACUGUGAAGGAGCCCAGUAAUGAAUCAAAUGGCCAUGCAGUCCCGGCAAACUCGUCUCUUUUAUCCUCGCUUAUGAAUAAGAUGUCUCAGGGCAACCCCAACCUUGGCAGCCUGUUGAACAUCAAGACAGAAGCGGAGGGCAGCCCCGCCGUGGAGUCCUCGCCCUUCCUGGGCAAGGCCGUGAAGGCGUUGGUUCAGGAGAAGCUGUCCGAGCCCUGGAAGGUGUACCUUCGAAGGUUUGGCACCAAGGACUUCUGUGACGCCCAGUGUGACUUCCUUCACAAGGCACACUUCCACUGCGUGGUGGAGGAGUGCGGCGCGCUUUUCAGCACCCUGGACGGGGCCAUCAAGCAUGCCAACUUCCACUUCCGGACGGAGGGAGGAGCAGUGAAGGGAAACGCAGAGGCUCCCUUCCCCACCUCGGCUGCGGAGACCAAACCUGCCUUGGCCCCCUCGUCCCCUCCAGCGCCUCCUGUCACCACAGCCUCUCUGGAGGGUCCCACUCCCAGCCCGGCUGCCGUGCCCUCCACCCCCACGCUGCUCGCCUGGAAGCAGCUGGCUUCCACCAUACCCCAGAUGCCUCAGAUUCCAGCGUCAGUGCCUCACCUGCCCACUUCGCCCUUGGCAACGACUUCUCUAGAAAACGCCAAGCCCCAGGUCAAACCCGGAUUCCUCCAGUUCCAGGAGAACGAUCCUUGCCUCGCCACGGACUGCAAGUACGCCAACAAGUUCCACUUCCACUGUCUCUUCGGGAACUGCAAGUACGUCUGCAAAACCUCCGGCAAGGCUGAGUCCCACUGCCUGGACCACAUCAACCCCAACAACAACCUGGUGAACGUGCGAGACCAGUUUGCGUACUACUCACUUCAGUGUCUCUGUCCCAACCAGCACUGCGAGUUCCGGAUGCGUGGACACUACCACUGCCUCCGGACCGGCUGCUACUUUGUGACCAACAUCACCACCAAGUUGCCGUGGCACAUAAAGAAGCACGAGAAAGCCGAGCGGCGGGCAGCCAACGGAUUCAAGUACUUUACCAAGCGCGAGGAGUGUGGCAGGCUAGGCUGCAAGUACAACCAGGUGAACAGCCACUUCCACUGCAUCCGGGAGGGCUGCCAGUUCUCCUUCCUCCUCAAGCACCAGAUGACCUCCCACGCCCGGAAGCACAUGCGGAGGAUGCUGGGCAAGAACUUCGAUCGCGUGCCCCCCUCCCAGGGCCCCCCGAGCCUGAUGGACACGGAGACAGAUGAGUACAUGGAUUACACGGGCUGCAGCCCGGGCGCCGUGUCCUCUGAGUCGCCCACCAUGGACCGGAGCUGCUCCAGCACCCCCGUGGGCAACGAGAGCACGGCGGCAGGCUGCCCGGCUCCUCCUCCUCCUCCUCUUCCUCCUCCUGCUGCCGCUGGCGACGAGGCUGCCCGUGUGGCUCCGCAGCCCCCACUGACCCCAUCCUUCUCAGCGGCCGUGCUCCGGGCGCCCCUCCCCUCCCUCCCAUGCCUCUUUUCUCCGCCCUGUCUCUCAUACUCUCUGCUCAGUGCCACUCUCGGAGCCACCCGGGGCCUGGGCCACCCGGUCGGCAGCCCGCCCCGCCUCCCGCCCGCCACAGCCACCGCAACUCCAGUAAAAAGUGACGUCCCCCUAGUUCAGGAUGCUGCAGGGAACACCAUCUCCAUGCCCACAGCCUCCGGGGCCAAAAAGCGCUUCUGGAUCAUCGAGGACAUGUCGCCGUUCGGCAAGCGGCGCAAGACGGCCUCCUCGCGGAAAAUGCUGGACGAGGGCAUGAUGCUGGAGGGCUUCCGGCGCUUCGACCUCUACGAGGACUGCAGGGACCCGACCUGCCAGUUCUCGCUCAAGGUCACGCACUACCACUGCACGCGGGAGAACUGUGGCUACAAGUUCUGCGGACGCACGCACAUGUACAAGCACGCGCAGCACCAUGACCGCGUGGACAACCUCGUGCUGGACGACUUCAAGCGCUUCAAGGCCUCGCUCAGCUGCCACUUCGCCGACUGCCCCUUCUCGGGCUCCAGCACGCACUUCCACUGCCUGCGCUGCCGCUUCCGCUGCACCGACAGCACCAAGGUGACGGCGCACCGCAAGCACCACGGCAAGCAGGACGUGAUCAGCGCGGCGGGCUUCUGCCAGUUCAGCUCGAGCGCCGACUGCGCCGUGCCCGACUGCAAGUACAAGCUCAAGUGCUCGCACUUCCACUGCACCUACCCGGGCUGCCGCCACACGGUCGUGGGCAUGUCGCAGAUGGACUCGCACAAGCGCAAGCACGACAAGCAGGAGCGCGGCGAGCCACCCGCCGCGUCCCCGGGCCCCGCCGUCGGCCUGGACGGCGCGCUGUCGCUGGGCACCGAGCCCGGGGCUCCCCUGCUCUUCCUCCCGCCCGCCGCCGCCGCCGCCGCUUCCGCGGGCCUGGGGCUGGGGCCGGGCGAUGCGGGCGACCCCGGGGACCCCGGCCCGCCCGACGGCCCCGGGCCCCGCGACGGCCCCGGGCCCCGCGACGGCCCCGCUGCACCCGCGCCCGGCCCGGUGGCGGCUGGGGAGUCGUCGCAGGAGGACGAGGAGGAGGAGCUGGAGCUGCCCGAGGAGGAGGCGGACGACGACGAGGACGACGACGAAGACGACGACGACGACGAGGAGGACGACGACGACGACGAGGACGACGACGAGGACCUGCGCACCGACUCAGAGGAGUCGCUGCCCGAGGCGGCGGCGGCGGGGCCGGGGGCGCGGAGCCCAGAGCUGGCGGCCCCGGCGCCCGCCACAGCGUCGCCCUAGCCCGCCCGUCGGGGACGCCUGGCCCGCCCCCCUCCCGUGGUGGCCAUUGUGAUUCCUUUUGUAAGAGAUGCUAUUUAUCUGUAACGCUGCCCCCCCCCCCGCCCCCGCCAGAGCUACGCGAUCGCACCCGGUGCCGG